AUGGAAGGGAGGGAGCAGCCAGGGGCAGCAGGAGCCCAGCAGGCCAAAAUUCAAGGUGCCCUGGAAGAGUCAGGGGAAGAGGCCCAGAGGAGACUCCCAGGGCUCAGGGACUUGAGGGCAACAGUACGAUUGAAGAUGGAGAAUCAUCUCUCUCCUCUGAAAAGCCUUAGUGACACAGCGCUGAGCCCCAGCUCAGUUGCCUGGGUGGCAGAUCUCGUGCUGGGCUACCCCUGUGGACUGGGGCUCUUUCUCCUGUUACUCCCCUGCCUCCGUGGUGACCCACCCUCACCAGCCCAUGGGCAGAAAAGAAGCAUCAGUAAGGUGAGGACCCGUGCGGUGGCCAUGACGGGGAGGCCCCGGAGCGGGAAGAAGAGCUGUGGUCUGAAAGGUAAGGCUCUGGCCCGGAGUCCCCGGGCGGACUUAGCCUCGCCGAUCCUGAGGGACGGAGUCUACCAGGAAGUCAGCCGCAGAGGGCUGAGGGGGCUCCUGGGAAGGAAAUGGGACCCGGGAUUCUUCUCAGAUCCUGUGCUGGGCGUGAAGCCAGGCGGGCCCGGAAUGGCUGCUGCCCACAGCGGGGAGGUGGGCGUGACCUAUCACCAGCUGGGUGUGCAGCCACCAGAGGCUUCGUUCUGGGGAGACCCCGUGCACAGACAAAGUGGUGACCCCACUUUCAUCAACCCUGAUGUCCGGAUGCUCCUGGAGAUGCUCCUCAGCAAGAGAGCAGAACUGAAGCUGUGGAAGGAGGAAGAAAAGGAGGGCUCCAACAUCCCGCAUUGCUCCAUCUCAUUCAAUGAAGUCCCUGAGGCUUUUCCACUGCAAACUCAAUCUGAAGCAUCUUCUCAGCCUCCCCAGGCCCAACCCUGGCCCUACCGCAUGGCCCAGAACAUACGAAGCUAUAGAACAACUUACCCCACAUCUCAGGAGAAGGCACAACUCCUCAUCCCAACCGGAAGUAAACACCUGGAAUGGCCUUAGAAGCGGCAGAGAUGGAAAAGAACUUUACCCUUUCUGCUCAAAAGCGCUCAGGCAGCCUUCAGCCAACCCAUUCCCGACCAUCCCCAGGACAGCUGGGCCUCCCGGGCCACAGGGCAGCCUCCACCGUUCCUGGGGCUUCCAUCAGCCCUGAGCAGCAGGAGCAGCAGGAGCAACACAUUCAAAGACUUUCAUCCCAGACAAAGGGGUCGGAAAUGCUGCAUGAGCACCUCCCAGGAGCUUUUGUUCCUCAAUCCCUGCACUCAGCAGAUGCUAGAAACUCACACUGUAAGAUUCCACGUAAGGCACAGGUGGGGCUCAAACCUCCAGUCCCUGAAGCCCAUAGAUCUCAAGACUCAGCCCCAGCCCCUUCCACACUCUGCUUUUCCCUCCUGGGCCAUCAUUGAGUUUGGGGAUGACUCUAUAGAGGACAUCCAGAGAUGGCCCCAGUCUGGGGACAACCAUGGCUACUCAGAGGCGCCUCCCACUGGACAGGAGGGCAGAUGACCUUCUCAGCCCCUCACAUGCAGCCUUGGGGACAGAACCUGGCAGAGUAGGGCUGUCCUGGGGAAUGCGCCAGGGGAGAAGAAGGAGAGCGUGGCCUCAGGAGACCCCUUCAGUAGGGGAGCAGUGCUGGAGCUUAGCAGUGGGUGCCUCCUAAGGGCCCAGGAGACCAUAGAGGCUGAGGAGGAGAAGACUCCUGCUUGGGAAGUCACCUUGGGAGCAAGUAUGAUCACGAAGUAUGGAGCCAUCGAUGUGAAUCUGAGUUCAGCGUCUCUGGAGACCAGUAAGAGCUCCCCACUCUCUAGAAUUUCUCCCAGCCAGGAUCCAGGAGAGCUUCGCCUAAAAAUGAAGGUUGUCAGUAAGUUUGAGUUCAAAGUGGAGGUAGAGUCAGAGAACCAGCUUCAAGGUCCUGCCACUGGUAUCCUUCUCCAAGACUGUGCCACUGGCCUGUACUUUCGAGGCCGUCACACCGACGCCCCUCUGUCUUAUUCCGUGAGUGUGUCCAGUAGGGAAAUGUCAUCUUCCCAGGGGCUAUGUGACCCCACAUGGAAGGGAGGGAGCAGCCAGGAGCAGCAGGAGCCCAGCAGCCCAAAACUCAAGGUGUCCUGGAAGAUGAGCAAGAAGUUUGGCCCUACUGAGAAGACAGAGCCCUGGGGGAGGCCCAAACUAGCAGAGCAUGAAAAAAGGGAUCCCUCCCACCCAAGGCAAAGGAGAGUAAUCCAAGAUGUGACCUGCAGUCACCAUAUCACCACCAUGGGCCACAGCUGUCCUAGGAAGAACAGGGAGGUCCAAAACAGGUACAGCACUUGGGCCUCCUGACUCAGGGAGCCUGUGCCCCCAGCCAGUCUCAGCCCGGCCCAGCCAGCAUGA